GGCCGCGCAUAGGGUUGCGGAGGGUGGAGCUGUGACAAGCAACCAAACCGUCAGAAAAGUGAAGGGAUACGGACUGGCCACCGACUCGCGUAGACUUGGCCGUUUGUUUAGUAACACAAGUAACGCAUUUGACAGCAGUUGGAAGAGGAUGGAUAAUGGUAAAAGAACAGUUGUUGUGACCGGUUUUGGGCCGUUUGGAGAGCACGCGGUGAACGCCAGCUGGGUGGCAGUGAAGGAGCUGGAGCAGCUGGGUCUGGGCCCAGGUGUGGACCUGCAUGUGCACGAGGUGCCCGUGGAGUACCAGGCCGUCAGCUGCCUGGUGCCGUCGCUAUGGGAACAGUACCACCCGCAGUUGGUGGUCCAUGUGGGUGUGUCUGGGGCAGCCACAGCCAUCACCUUGGAGAUGUGUGGGCAUAACCAUGGCUACAAGCGCCCUGACAACUGCAGCUUCUGCCCGGACACCCACUGCUGUGUGGAGGGCGGAGCUGACUGCAUCAAGUCCGUCAUCGACAUGGAAACCGUCUGCCAGCGGGUGAAGGCCUCGGGACUGGGCGUGUCUGUGACUGUGUCCAAAGAUGCUGGAAGGUACCUGUGUGACUACACCUACUACCUGUCUCUGCACCUGAGCGGCGGUAGCUCCGCCUUCGUGCACGUGCCCCCCCUGGGGAAGCCCUACAGCGGCGAGCAGCUAGGCCACGCCCUCCGGGCCAUCCUGCUGGAGAUGCUGGAGCAGCUGGGCCAGGACCAGGACGCCAAUCACUGUGAACACGGCCACUGAGAGCUCCGCCCCACAGCAUCGCCACGGCAACAAGCAAUCCCCAGACAGAUAACACGCCUUUGGCUCAUCCCCAUUAUUGCUGCAUUACAGCUGCAGCCAAUCACCAAUCAGCCCACGUUCCAGCCCAAGCUCAAAGCCAACGCCGCUCCGAACAGCUGCGAGCCAGCCGAACCUCCACCUGCACAGCAUCCCUCUGUGGUCGCUUUGCAUACAGACAAGCAAACAGGCAGACGCAGGCAGAUGGACAGACAGACAGACAUCUCCUCAGGAGGAGAACAGCAGCUGUAGCAGUUCAGUAGCAGAGCUUUCGUCCAGCGAGGCUUUCCGUUGCACUUGCUGAAAGUCUUCAGGUAUCUAGUGCCGCUGAGUUGGAGCUUGACCCUGGGGCCUUUUCUGAAACCUUUCUUCAAAUGUGUGGCCCCUCAACCACUGACUGUGGAAAUCCGCUUAUUUACAGAUUCAAUUUCGCAGCUUUGACGUGCAGUGUUGCGCGUGUCUGGGUGUCCCGCCGCUUUUAACCCACACCAGAGCGAUUUACCCCCUCGUCUCCUCCCCACACCAGAGCGAUUUACCCCCUCGUCUCCUCCCCACACCAGAGCGAUUUACCCCCUCGUCUCCUCCCCACACCAGAGCGAUUUACCCCCUCGUCUCCUCCCCACACCAGAGCGAUUUACCCCCUCGUCUCCUCGUCCGUGGAAUUGUUUGAAAUCAGGCGGCGACUUUUAAGUGGCUCGUAAGUUUGCAGCACCUCGGUUGAGAUUUCUUUGAUGAAAAUAUUACUGGCCGCAUUUACAAUCGCUUUCUCCACACCUGCUGUACCACUUCACUCCAGCUGAGAUGGAUAGACUCUGAAUCUGCCAGUGCUUUUCUUGAAAGAAAAUGGGUAGAACUUGAAUUGAGGAAGGAGACGGUAUAGAAUAUUCUGCAUUCUCUGUUGCCAAGGAGGCUUAAAUCUGAGAGUCAAUCACAUUUUAUGUCAAAUUGGUCCCAAAUAUGCACUGUGGAGCUGUGUGGAGAAAAUCAAAGGGCAAUUCUUUUUACACUGCUUGAGAUGCUGUGUCCUAUCACAGGUAAAUAUAUCUGCACAGGUCACAAUCCUAAUGUGCAGAUUAAAUGUGUGGCCUUUCGUUUGAUGAGAUCCUCCUGUGAUAUUUUUCAAAUACUUGUAUGAAUAAAUUAAUAAAAUUUAUAUUUUGACAACUAA